CCAACAUAAACACAUUCGAGGUGGCGGCGCAAAUUUAUAAUUUUAUUUGCAAAAAAACGGGAUAAAUCAAGCGAAACAGGAAGCUCUGACCUGCCUGACGACCCAUGAAGAUCCCCGGAACCGCAGCCAACUGUGCAUAACCGAAAAGAGCGCUUCCGCUGCCGAAUACAGAUAUAUAACCACGAUGUCGUCGACAUCGGCGGCUGCCUCAAGCGCCGCCCCGCCCGCCAAAACGGAGGUGCGCUAUGUCACCGAAGUGCCCAGCAGCCUGAAGCAGCUGGCCCGCCUCGUGGUCCGCGGCUUCUAUUCCCUGGAGGAUGCCCUUAUCAUCGACAUGCUGGUGCGGAAUCCCUGCAUGAAGGAGGACGACAUUGGCGAACUGCUGCGCUUCGAGAAGAAGCAACUGCGGGCAAGGAUCACCACUCUGCGCACCGACAAGUUUAUCCAGAUCCGGCUCAAAAUGGAAACUGGACCCGAUGGCAAGGCCCAGAAGGUCAACUACUACUUCAUCAACUACAAGACUUUUGUCAAUGUGGUCAAGUACAAGCUGGAUCUGAUGCGCAAGCGAAUGGAGACGGAGGAACGGGACGCCACCAGUCGCGCCAGCUUCAAGUGUUCCAUGUGCUCGAAGACGUUCACGGAUCUCGAGGCCGACCAGCUGUUCGACAUGGCCACGCUAGAGUUCCGCUGCACGUACUGCGGCAGCUCCGUGGAGGAAGACAGCGCUGCCAUGCCCAAGAAGGAUUCUCGCCUACUCCUGGCCCACUUCAACGAGCAGCUCCAGCCUCUGUAUGAUCUCCUGCGCGAGGUGGAGGGCAUCAAGCUGGCACCAGAGGUGCUCGAGCCGGAGCCCGUGGACAUAGACACCAUUCGAGGACUGAACAAACCCAAUGCCUCGCGACCGGACGGUAUGGCGUGGUCUGGCGAGGCAACCCGCAACCAAGGCUUCGCCGUGGAGGAGACCCGCGUGGACGUCACCAUCGGCGGCGACGACACAUCCGACUCUGUGGUGGAGCGGAAGUCGCGGCCGAUCUGGAUGACGGAGAGCACUGUGAUAACCGACACGGAUACAGCCGAUGGCUUGGUAGACGCGGGUCAGGCGAGCGGAUCCGGACAUCGAAACCGGAAGGAGAACGAGGAUAUAAUGUCUGUGCUACUACAGCACGAGAAGCAGCCGGGCCAGAAGGAGCCGCACAUGAAGGGUAUGCGAAUGGGCUCCUCAAAUGCCAACUCGAGCGAUUCCAGCGACGACGAAAAGGACAUCGACAAUGCUAAGAUUCCUGAUGUCGACUUUGAUGAGUACAUUAACUCAGACUCUGGGGAGGAGGACGACGAUGUGCCCACUGUGCUGGUGGCAGGGCGACCGCAUCCGCUUGACCAGCUGGACGACAAGCUGAUAGCCCAGAUGACGCCCCAGGAGAAGGAGAACUACAUACAUGUCUACCAGCAGCACUACAGCCACAUCUACGAUUGAGGGCCAUAUCCUGCAAUUAAAUUAACAUCCCUUCCAAGAGUUCCCCCUUGUUCUGCCCCAACGCAUAGAGUCAUUCUAAUUAUAAGUGAAAAGUUGUACAAAAGGAAUUCGUAUACAAAAAAGUGCAUAAUGAAGUAGUAAA